AAUAAAAGACUAAUAUAUGUGUUCUUCUUUGUGUAAUUGGUGAUGGUUGGAUCAAAUGGCAGAAGGCAAGUACGUAACGCUGAGGAAGGAACGAGCGCCUCUUGAAGAUAUCACCCCUGGCGAACUCAAUCAAGCCGCACAAGUUCCUCAGCUGAUAGCUAACAGAUGCAUGCAAUGCGGGCAACCUCUACCUGCAAGCUAUGAGCCACCGGCUGAUGAAGACUGGACAACUGGGAUUUGUGGCUGUGCUGAAGAUCCUGAAAGUUGCUGGACUGGACUAUUUUGUCCAUGCGUGUUGUUUGGGCAUAACAUGGCAACAUCGAAGGAUGAUAUUGAUUGGUACCAUGCCUGCCUUUGCCAUGCUGUGUGUAUUGAAGGUGGAAUGGCAAUUGCAGCAGCAACUCUACUCUGCCCUGGUUUUUAUCCUAGGAUGUCAUUUCUCAUUUGUGAGUGCCUGUUUUUUGCCUGGUGGAUGUGUGGUAUCUAUAAUGGCAUGUGUCGAGAAUCACUGCAGAGGAAAUAUCAUCUCAAGAACUCACCGUGUGAUCCCUGCAUGGUUCACUGCUGCAUGCAUUGGUGUGCCUUAUGUCAGGAACACAGAGAAAUGAAGAACCAUUUAUCUGAUAAUGCUGAUAUGCAGAUGACUGUUGUCAACCCUCCUCCUGCUCAAGAGAUGAGCACUGGUGAGAAUCAGGAGUCAGCAUCAGCCGCGGUAGUAUCUGCACCAUCCUCCGGAAAUGAUGAUCAAAGAAAGUUGGAGACACAGCCAGUGUAGGAUUCAUGACCAUCCAAAGUUUUUCUUUCUUUUCACCUCUGUUGCUUCCAAAAUGGAGUAACUUAUUCAGGAUGUUCAAAUGGCUUCUAGUUUUAAGGUGCCAAUUUAGCUUGUGUUUCGAGUGAAGUUAUUUUGCUAUUUCAAUUAAAGCUUCAAUCUUUGAAGUCUCAACGAGAUGUACAAAAAAAAUUUGUCUUAUUUUUUUGAAAUAACAAGUUAUUAUUAUU